AUGUUCAAAACACGCCGUCUAUUGACUAAUGCGUUGAGAAACACAUGUUUCGCACAAAACUCGUAUGAAUUGCCAGUAAUUAGCCGUCAAAACACGUGUCCACUCUUUGCGGCCAUAAAACACACCCGAUCUCAGCCAACAAUGGCCACAACCGAAGACAAUAACCACAACACUAUCACCGGUGGACCAGUGAAGAGACCACACGAUGCGGACGAUAGCGUACAACACAAGCAAUUGGCCGCCGAUAGCGGACCCACACCACCGGCAUCUCAAGACCAGACACCGACCUCAGGAGUGAACGGUGGCCAACACUCGGCGGCCGCCGACAGCGACGGCUCGGCGGCGGGCGGUAGUGAUGGCGGACACAGUAGUGGUGGCCAUCACUUCGCGUUCAGCGAUCGGCCGACACUCGAAGAGAUGCAUAAAAUGCACACCAAGUUUGUGGCCGACAGAGAUUGGGAUCAGUUCCACAGCCCGCGUAACGUACUGUUGGCGCUCGUCGGCGAAGUGGGAGAGUUGGCCGAACUGUUCCAAUGGCGCGGCGAGUGUCCCGUCGGUCUUCAGGACUGGACACCCACUGAACGCCACGCUCUGGAGGACGAGCUCAGCGAUUGUCUCAUUUAUUUGCUCCGAUUGGCCGACAGGUGUCGAGUGGAUCUGCCGGUGGCAGUGGUGCGCAAAUUGGCCGCC